AUGUACAACUGGCCGUAUCCCAUUAGUCUGACGAUGAUCCACAUGGCGUUCUGCUCGUCGCUGGCGUUCGUGCUGGUGCGCGUGGUGCGCGUGGUGGAGCCGGUGGCCAUGAGCCUCGAGAUGUACGUCUCGUCCGUGCUGCCCAUCGGCGCGCUCUACGCCAUGAGCCUCUGGUUCUCCAACUCCGCCUACAUCUACCUCUCCGUCUCCUUCAUCCAGAUGCUGAAGGCGCUGAUGCCAGUGGCGGUGUACACGCUGGGAGUGGCGUUUCAGAAGGACGCCUUCCGCUGCUCCACCAUGAGCAACAUGCUGCUCGUGUCGGUGGGAGUGGGCAUAGCCGCGUACGGCGAGGCCAACUUCAACUUCACAGGCGUCCUCCUGCAGCUCGCCGCCGUUGCCUUUGAAGCCACUCGCCUCGUGCUCAUCCAAAUCCUGUUGGCGUCCAAGGGCAUCUCCCUGAACCCCAUCACGAGCCUGUACUACGUGUCCCCCACAUGCCUCAUCUUCCUCACCAUCCCCUGGUUCUUUGUUGAGUACCCCUCCCUCGCCCCGCACCUCGCCGCGCCCCACCCCGACCUGCUGGUGUUUGGGGGCAACUGUGUGUGCGCCUUCGCCCUCAACCUCGCUGUCUUCCUGCUCAUCGGCAAGACGUCAGCGCUCACCAUGAACACACUCUCGUGCUUAAGACCGCGAGCGGGCUCGCCGCCAAAUGCGCAUGCGCUGGCGCUGCUGCCACGUAGACAGUCAGCCUUCGUUUCCCGGCCGUCGUUCCCCGCGUCGUAUCGCAGCGGCCUACAGCGAGUAUGCGCGGAGUCGAGGGGGAGCAGCAGCCACGAGAGUGCGGAGGAGGGGCGAGUAGAGGCGCGGCGAGUAGAACCGGAGGGAAGCACCGCAGGAGAGACUGCGGACACCUCUAUCGCCGAGUCGCGCGGCGUUGAAUCAGCGCCUGCACCGUCCGCCUUGCCAUCACUCCUCCCCGCCUCCACGGCGCUCCUCUCCGCGGCGUUCCUUGCCUUCUUGCCGCUCACAGGCGGCUUCGACCUGUCGGGCCCGGGGUCGGUCGUACAGGCAGUGGGCGUGCUGGCGCUCAUAGUGGCCGUGCACGAGGCGGGCCACUUCCUCGCCGCGCGCUCCCUGGGCGUGCACGUGACGAAAUUCUCCAUCGGCUUCGGCCCUGUGCUCGCCAAGUACCAGGGCAAGGGCAAGGACGGCAGCACCGAGAAGGGCGUGGAGUACGCGCUCAGGGCGUUCCCGCUGGGCGGGUUUGUGGGGUUCCCGGAUGAUGACCCGAGUGAGGAGGCGGUGUACCCGCCUGACGACCCCGACCUGCUCAAGAACCGCCCCAUCGCUGACCGCGCGUUUGUCAUCAGCGCUGGGGUCAUCGCCAACAUCGUCUUUGCCUAUGCGCUGCUCUUCACCCAGGUGAACACAGUGGGCCUGAUCCAGCAGGUAUACCAGCCAGGAGUGAUGAUACCAGACGUGGUGUACGGGUCAGCGGGCGAGCGCGCAGGGCUGCUGCCAGGCGACCUCAUAGUGGCGGCAGAUGGCACACCGCUACAGCCGUCCAGCACCGCCGUCUCCGACCUCGUCAGCUACAUCCGCGCCUCGCCCGGCCGCCCCAUCACCCUCGACGUGCUCCGAUCCGUGCAGGCACCGCCUCUCAGCGGGGGGGUGGAAGGGGAGCUAACAGGUGUGAGUGCGGCAGGAGCAGCAGCGUCAGGGGAGGCUGAGAAGCGGGUUGUGAGCAUCAGGGUGGUGCCAGACGUGUCGUUCCGGGACGGAGGCGGGCGCAUUGGAGUGCAGCUAGCGCCCAACUCCUACCAGGAGCAGGAGCGCGCCGAUAACCUCCUGGACGGCACAGUAGCGGCCGGCAAGGAGUUCGGGCGGCUCAUGGGCGCCGUAGUCGACGGGCUGCAGCAGAUCAUCUUCAACUUCGGUAACACCGCCGACCGCGUGUCAGGCCCCGUGGCCAUUGUGGCAGUGGGGGCUGAGGUUGCUCGCACAAACCUCUCGGGGCUGUUCCAGUUCGCGGCCAUAGUGAAUCUGAAUCUGGCGGUGGUGAACCUGCUGCCGCUGCCAGCGCUGGACGGGGGGUACCUGGCGCUGCUGGCGGUGGAGGCGGUGCGGGGGGGCAAGAAGAUCCCCGUGGAUGUGGAGCGCGGCAUCAUGUCGUCGGGGUUCCUGGCUCUGCUGGGUGCUGGCAUCUUCCUCAUCGUUAAGGAUACCAUAAACCUCGGCUUCUUGUGA